CGGCGGCGGCAGCGGGCUCGGAGAGUCCUGGCCGGAGCGCCGAGUGACACAAUGGAUCUUGGAAGCAGAGGAAGAAUCCACUGCACCAUGAGACUCACCUGCUCUCUCUUACUCAUGGCAGUGUUCUGUGUGAAACCCUUCCUCUGCCAUAGUCAAAUUGAUCCACUAGCUCUUGGGCGGGCAGACCCCCAGUGCUGGGAAUCCUCCUCAGCUGUUCUACUAGAGAUGAGGAAGCCUCGCAUUUCUGACUCUGUCAGUGGCUUUUGGGACUUCAUGAUCUUUCUGAAAUCCUCAGAGAACUUGAAACAUGGGGCUUUGUUCUGGGAUCUGGCUCAGCUCUUCUGGGAUAUCUAUGUGGACUGUGUGCUCUCCAGAACCCAUGGCCUAGGCAGAAGGCAGCUGGCAGAAGCUGAGCAGAAGAUUGCUACCCUACAUUCUCAGUUCACAGGGAGAAACCAAGGGACAUUUUCUCAUAUUCAGAGGUCACCAGUUCUGAAGAAGAAAGACUCAUUUGAAGAUUUAAUAAGUAUCCACAUACACAAAAGUAGAUCUAUAUUACUUGGAAGAAUCAUUGGAGAGCUAGGAAAAAAGAGGAAAUUACACAUUUAGUCUAAGAUUUUGAUUUGUAGAGAAUUUUUAACUACUUCUCUUUAUUUUUUUGCAUUUUAAUCCCCAUUGAUGUCAAUUUAUGUGGUGGAAGAAGGCCUCUAACUUCGAGCACUACAUGUCUGAUUAACUUGGACUUAUGGGUUUUCUUAAUUACCUAUGAAUUUAGCCUCCGUACUAAACUGCAUGAUUUACAAGCAGUUGCCUACUUUAAUCUGUGUGUAUAUCAGGCUUCUGUAAUACAUGUGAUCUGUUCAAACUAUUGUCUUUUGGGUGCCGAAACAGGAAAUAACUGAUCCUUCAAUAAAACACAGACAAGCAGAGAAGGAAGUUGUCAAAAAACCUCCACUGGCUCCAAGACAGGAUUAGAGUCAAGAUGGUGAUGUUUGAUUGUAUGCAUAGCUGUACACUUGUACAAAGCAGCCCCUGCUCAAAGACAUCAUCCCACUAAAGAAAAAUAGUACAUAUUUCUACAUGAAAAAUAUCUUCCAAAAAUGUUUUCAGUUUUCCAGUAAAAGGGUUAACAGAUUUUACCAGCUCCUCUGCUUUCAUACUUAAAAUGUUUAAUCACAAGAAUUCUCAUAUAUAACUUGCACUUGCUUCUUUUUUAGUUUACAAGUUCUUUGUAGAAAAAUCAGUUUCUUCUGACUCUUAUUGAUAACCCUAAUAGGCAAUUGGACAUUAAUGCAAAAUAACU